AUGAGUAAAUAUGAGGUCUUACAAGGUUAUUACGCAGUUCACGACGAGUUAGGAGCAGGAGGAUUCGGUAAAGUGCGAUUGGCGACACAUUUACUAACAAAUCAAAAAGUUGCUAUUAAAAUAAUCGAUAAGAAGCAUGUUGGGAAUGACCUUCCUCGUGUAAAAACAGAACUCGACGCUCUCCGAAAUCUUUCACAUCAAAAUAUAUGCCGGUUAUAUCAUUAUAUAGAAACUGAGGAGAAGUUUUUCUUGAUAAUGGAGUACUGUAGUGGUGGAGAAAUGUUCGAUUAUAUUGUGAGAAAAGAGCGUUUAGAAGAAUCCGAAGCACGCCAUUUUUUUCGCCAACUUGUUAGUGGAAUGGCAUUUGUGCACUCACAAGGAUAUGCUCAUCGCGAUUUGAAGCCGGAAAAUCUUCUUCUCACCGAAGAUUUACACUUAAAACUUAUUGAUUUCGGUCUCUGCGCAAAAACCGAAAAGGGCCGAAUCGAUAAGCAUCAUUUGGAUACUUGCUGCGGAUCUCCAGCAUAUGCGGCUCCUGAACUCAUACAGGGUCUUCCCUAUAAAGGAAAUGAAGCCGAUAUUUGGUCGAUGGGCAUUCUUCUGUACACGUUGUUGGUCGGCGCACUUCCAUUCGAAGAUGACAAUUUGCAAGUAAUGUAUCGAAAAAUUCAGUCUGGAAGAUACUAUGAACCCGAUUGGCUGUCACCGCUUAGCAAACAACUCCUUCGCUCAAUGAUUCAAGUGAGGCCAGAAGAGCGAAUCACCGUGCAAAAACUUCUGACCCAUGAAUGGAUGAAUGUGAAAUACAGUCAACCGAUCAAAUGGAACACUAUUUAUGAUAAAAAUUUCAUUGAUCGAGAUGUUGCUCGAGUUAUGGCCAAAUAUUAUAACAUGGAGACAACGGAUAAAAUGAUAGAGAAGAUCAAAGAAUGGAAUUUUGAUUAUAUGACCGCCACCUAUUACGCUUUGCUACAGAAGAAGCGGCGAGGAAGCGAGAUAAUGCUGCCAUUAACGCGAGCAAAUGUUGCCGGUGCUCCGCAAAAUAUGCAGCAGAUAUUGUGCUCGCCGACGAUUCACGCUUCCCUCGACAAUAAUCUCGAUAAAUCGGGACUUGAAGAAGACGAAUCAACGUCGUCUGGUGAUCAUGCUUCCGGAGCGUCGGGCGAUAUUCUUCCCAAAUUCACGCGACCAUUGUCUCCGGAGAAGGACAAGAAACUCUCUUAUGUAAAUGCUAUGCUGAACAUGCCGAGUCAAUUCACCGGCCGGUCACCGAUUGCCCAUCGUCUCGGAAUUUCGCCUAUCGAUACGAGUAAAACGGCGGCGUCGACGCCAUUGCGAGGUUUGCUCCAGACAAGUGAUACCGGCUCGAGCGACAAAGAGAAUCAUGGCCAUCAUUAUCGGGUGGGAGCGGCGACUUGCAAAAUUCGUGGACCACUUCGUAUUCAUGAUUCAGAUGAUGGCACUCGUCGCAGUGUUUACACUACAACACCGAAUCGUCCGACUAUUCGCGGACUUUUCAGUCCAGGCGACAAUGCACAGAAGCCGAAACCGCGCGCCAAGUCUUCUGAUCGUAGUGGAAGUGGUCGCGGAUCACCAGCUUCAAUUAGCAGCGGAAAUAGUGGAGAACUGGUUGAUGGUCGAACACCGAGAAGUCGCACGAAAACCCCACGUCUUGGCCAACGUGUGUUUACAUCAUUGGAGCGUAAGAAGGAGAAGCUGAUUACGCUGCUAACACCGAGAAAAAUGCAGAAGGAUUCGCCUCAAGUUCUGAGAGACGUCAAGAAUAUGGUUAAUGUCUCGAUGACGGCUUUGAAGUCACCCGAUGAAGUUCGCGAUGAGCUCAUUAAAGUGUUCGAGCUCGAAAAACUUGCGUAUGAAGUUAAUGGAUGGAAAAUCACGGCAUCAAAAGAGAGCGCACAUGGCUACAUGACUGUCGAACUCGAGGUGGUCAAACUUCAAAUUUGUGAUACGAUUGGAAUCCGACGAAAGCGUUUAAAAGGCGAUGCGUUUUUGUACAAGAACGUGUGCGAGCGCAUUUUACAAAUUGGUCGAUUCUAA